AUGCUCAGCAAAUCUUUCUCCGCUCUUUGCGCCCUUACUCUCCUCGCGCUUUCCGCUCCCGCCGACGCUCGCAUUCGCUGGGCAGAGCGUGACAACCGCGCCGUUCUCCUCCACCCGCGCCGCUUCGGCCAGGAGCACCCCGCUGUCAUUGAGAAGCUCAGCGCAGCUUGCGAUGGCGCAGUCUGCGGUAACCUCGCCGGUCAGGCGAUCACGCCUUUGCUCGCCGCCCAGGGUGAAUGCACCCAGCAGGACAUGGCCGACAGCAUCAUCGAUGCCGCUCAGCAAUUCGACGAUGCUACCAAGCAAAACAUGAUCGCCCUCGCCGUCGAGUACCGUCAGGCGGAGAAGAACACGUCCCCCGACUUCACGACCAACCCGCCUACCAACCGCAACUCCGUCUUCUGCCAGAAGGCGCCGAAGAACGCGGAGCUCAACGGCCUAGUUCAGGCUCAGGACCCCGCUAACGACGACACGCACUUCUUCGACCCCGCGACUGGCAAGACCGUUCUCAAGGGCGACCAGGCCAACACGUUCCCCUUCGGUAGUGAUGGCACGACAGCGAGCAACUCGACUGGCUCUGCCAGCGCUUCGGCCACCACUUCCUCGUCUGCCUCUGCGGCAACCACCGCUGUCGCCAUCAACGCCGCUGACCCUUGCCCGACCGCUGUCACGGUCACUGUGACGGCCGGUGCCGCUGCAACCAACGUCGCUGCGACCACGACCGCUGCCGCGGCUGCAGCCACGACUUCCGCCGCCGCCUCCACCGCGUCUGGUGACAUCGGCGACUUCGGCUCGUGCUCGGUCCCCCAGAUCGAGUUCGGCGCCGGCUUCGACAACCGCAAGGAGACCUCCUUCCAGCCGGUCGACAAGACGUCGUUCAACCACGGUUCGGCCCAGGGCAUCGACAUCAUCACCAAGUUCAUCUGCGACACCCUCACCAACUCGUGCAAGGCGGACGACACGGCCAAGGCGACGUGCCAGACUGCUAUCGCUGCCGCCGACGGUCAGACGGCAAAGACUGGUGCCCAGGCUGACGCUUUCAACGCUGCGUUCGGUAUCACGACCAACUUCGCUUCCCUUGCUGUGAUAUCUGACCAGGGCAGCACCAUCCAGGCUGGCGCCGCUGCUACCCCCGCCGCUUCGUCCGCGACUGCUGCUGCCGCUGCUGCCACGACCACUGCUGCCGCUGCCGCUGAGACCUCUGCCGCCGCCACCUCGACCGCUGCCGCUGCCGCCGCAACCAGCGCUGCAGCAAGCACCGGCUCCGCGUCUGGCGCCAACCUCCAGCAGUUCACCGGCUCGCUCGGCGGCGUGACCGCUCCCGCCGUCACCGACACCGGCUCCGGCGCGCAGCCCUUCGCCGUCGACGGCAACGCGACCUUCAGCUCCCUCCAGAACGCGCUCGUCCGUUCGUGCGACGUCCAGCACAACAAGUGCGCCAACGCCGCCAACUCGAGCGGCAACUCUGGUGACCUCACCGUCACGGCGUGCGGCGACCAGCAGACGCAGUGCAAUGCUCAGGCGCAGACGACUGCUGCUAGCGCGUGA